CAGGAUUUCAGAGGUCUUGAAGGCGUCCAUGGUGAUGGAGCGGACGAAGGAGAUGUGCACGCCUAGGCCGCGGUGGGUGCCGGCGCAGUUGAGGCAGAUGAAGGUUCCGAAUUUGGGGGACGCCUGGCAUGGAGAUGGUGUUAGCGGUGAUAUCGCGGAGGUGGUGUUAUUGGGAGGGGAUCGUUGCGAGGAGGGUUAUUGCGAGGGUGCGAGGCGGAUCGGGAGGGGCAUACCCAUUGAGGCGACGGCGCGCCGCAGUCGCAACACUUGUCGUUUCCAUUGGUCUUGGAGUAGAGGAGGAGCUAGAGAUGGACAGAAGUCCGGGACGAUCAGUCGCACGCCUAAACAACCAGCCAGAUAGCCGUGCGGGGAGCAGGAAGAGCAAGAGCAGGAGUAGGAGCAGGAGCAGGAGCAGGAGCAGGGAGGGGUUGAAGGGGGUGGCGCGGCAGCAUACCUUGGCCUUUGUCUCCGGAUCAACUUCCCACAUGCGGGACAUGGUGAUGGGUGAGGGGUUGUUGGGAUGGGCUGGGAGCACGGGACGGGGGGUCGCGAUGAGGAUGGUGUGCAAUUGCUCCCGGCUCCUGGGGUGAGGGGAUGGUAGGGGAGCAGAAGAAGAGGAUGGCGGAUGGAUGGCGGAUGGAUGGCAGAUGCGAUGGGCUGGACUCGACGGGUCGGCCUCCACCCGCAGAUGAAACCCGCGGCCAAAUCGAUCCACUCGGCUGAGUUGGCGCCUAACUGCGACUACAUAGUAACAGUUAGAAGUACUGUACUC